GGAUGGGGUCCAGUCCAAGUCCAACAACAGUAAAGCCCUCUUCCCUUUGUCUGACUUUCCCCUACUUCGACCAUGAAAAUUACACUGCGUUUCAGAAGUUGAACGGUUACAAUUGGCUCCCCUCGGGUACUGUAAUCUGCACUUGCCUUUAGGCAGAACACAACACGCGCUCAUCUCGCUUCGUCUAAAGAACCAGAAGAAGAAAGAGAGAGUCAGAAAGAGAGUCCAAUAUGGAAUACAGCUCUGAAGAGUCAGAUAUUAGCGAAUCUGAGAUCAAUGACUACAUAGGGAAACCAUAUGAACAGCUGAGGGUGGGAAAGUACAAAGUUAAGGGUCUGAAUGGCACCCUUAGAUGCCCCUUCUGUGCUGGGAAGAAGAAACAAGACUACAAAUACAAGGAUUUGCUUCAACAUGCUUCAGGAGUGGGUAAAGGUUCUGCUAACAGAAGUGGAAAACAAAAGGCAAACCACCUUGCCUUGGCAAAGUACUUGGAGACUGACCUAGCCAGUGAAGUGGAUCAAGUCCAACAACCAGUUUUACCACAAACUGUCACACAACCUUCAAAGCAAGAUGAUCUGUAUGUCUGGCCUUGGAUGGGCAUUGUUGUUAACAUAAUAUGCAGCCCAACGGAUAGAAAGACUUUUCAUGGUUCUGAAUACUGGUUGAAAAGGUUCAGUAAAUUUAAACCGUUAGAGGUUCAUAUUUUCUCAGAUGAAAAUGAAUUGAAUGCAAGGGCUGUAGUGAAAUUUAAUAAUGAUUGGAACGGUUUCAUGAAUGCAACUGAAUUUGAGAAAUCAUUUGAGACCGAGCAUUGCAGCAAGAAGGAUUGGAAUGCACAGAAAGCACAUCUUGGCUCUAAUACAUAUGGGUGGUGUGCACGUGCUGAUGAUUUUGAUGCAGAAGGGCCUAUAGGGGCUUUCCUUCGGGAUAAAGGGCAGUUAAGAACAGUAUCUGACAUUGACCAGGAAGCCGCUCGAAUGAGAAACAAUGUUGUGGCAAAUCUUGCCAAUGAAAUUGAUAUUACAAUUGAAAAUCUCAAUGAACUGCAGUACAAAUACAAUGAAAAGACGAUGUCCUUAAGUAGGAUCCUUGUGGAGAAAGACAAGCUACACUCUGCAUUUCUUGAAGAAACAAGGAAGAUGCAGCGGCUUGCACGAGAUAAUGUUCGAAGGAUAUUUGAGGAACAAGAAAAACUGAAUUACGAAUUGGAGGCUAAGAAAAAGAAACUUGAUUCCUGGAGCAAAGAGUUGAACAAACGUGAAGCACUAACUGAGCUUGAGAGACAAAAGCUGGAUGAGGAUUUGAAAAAGCAUGAUGUGAGGAACAAUUCUCUUCAAUUGGCUUCCAUGGAGCAAAAAAAGGCUGAUGAGAAUGUCUUAAGGCUGGUUGAAGAGCAAAAGAGGGAGAAAGAGGAGGCCCUUAAUAAGAUACUUCAGUUGGAAAAACAGCUGGAUGAUAAACAGAAGUUGGAAAUGGAAAUUGAAGAGAUAAAAGGGAAACUGCAGGUGAUGAAGCAUCUUGGAGAUGAAGAUGAUGCAGCAAUUCAGAAGAAGAUGGAGGAAAUGAAUGAUGAAUUGAAAGAAAAAUUUGAAGAUCUGAAUGAUAUGGAAUCCAUGAAUCAAGUUCUUAUUACAAAAGAGCGAGAGAGCAAUGAUGAGCUACAAGAAGCUCGCAAACAAUUAAUUGCGGGCUUGAUGGAUAUGCUGAGUGGUCGCACUAAUAUUGGAAUAAAGAGAAUGGGUGAAAUUGAUCAGAAGCCAUUUCAGAAUACAUGUAAGCAGCGCUUUUCCCUUGAGGAAGCAAAUUUUCAGGCCUCAACACUAUGCUCCCUAUGGGAGGAGAAUCUGAAAGAUCCAAAUUGGCAUCCUUUUAAAGUUGUUGUCAUCAAUGGGACUGCCCAGGAAUUUGUAAAUGAAGAAGAUGAGAAGCUUCGAAAUCUCAAACAAGAGUGGGGGGAUGAUAUAUACACGGCUGUCAUUAUCGCACUGAAAGAGAUCAAUGAGUAUAAUCCAAGUGGCAGAUACGUCAUAUCUGAGCUCUGGAACUUCAAAGAAGAAAGGAAAGCCACAUUAAAGGAGGUCAUCAGUUACAUCAUGAAGAAUAUCAAGACACUGAAGCGCAAGAGACAGUGAGGCAGAGGAAAAUUUGGGAGGUGGAAUUCCAAGAGGGAGUUUAAGGUCACGGCCGCUGUCAUAACAACUUGUUUUUAUUUUAAUGGCCUAUAUCAUAAGUCAGCUAGAUGCAUAGCUCAUUUUGUAUUUGAACUUGGAUUCCAUUUUCUGCUAUGAAUUGUGAACUUAUAUCGGAUGAAAUUUCUU